AGGUCCUUAUAUGUCGCAAUUACCGUGGCGAUGUCGAUAUGUCUGAAGUUGAGCACUUCAUGCCAAUCCUAAUGGAAAAGGAGGAAGAAGGGGCACUUUCACCAAUACUUGCUCAUGGAGGAGUCAGGUUCAUGUGGAUUAAACACAAUAAUUUAUAUUUGGUUGCAACAUCCAAAAAGAAUGCUUGUGUGUCACUGGUAUUUUCCUUCCUCUACAAAGUUGUUCAGGUAUUUUCUGAAUAUUUCAAAGAAUUAGAAGAAGAAAGUAUACGCGAUAAUUUUGUUAUUAUAUAUGAGUUUGUUAGAUGAGUUAAUGGAUUUUGGCUAUCCUCAGACUACAGACAGCAAAAUAUUACAAGAGUAUAUUACACAGGAGGGACACAAACUAGAGACUGGAGCACCUCGUCCUCCUGCAACAGUAACCAAUGCUGUGUCUUGGAGGUCGGAGGGGAUAAAAUAUAGGAAGAAUGAAGUUUUUCUGGAUGUGAUAGAGUCUGUUAACCUUCUUGUGAGUGCAAAUGGAAAUGUCUUGCGCAGUGAAAUAGUUGGAUCCAUCAAAAUGAGGGUAUUUCUGUCAGGAAUGCCUGAAUUACGCCUUGGAUUAAAUGAUAAAGUUCUGUUUGAAAAUACAGGCCGUGGAAAGAGCAAGUCUGUGGAGCUUGAGGAUGUCAAGUUCCACCAGUGUGUUCGCCUAUCCAGAUUUGAAAAUGACAGGACUAUAUCCUUCAUACCUCCAGAUGGAGAGUUUGAACUCAUGUCUUACCGCUUGAACACACUCAUGUGAAACCACUCAUCUGGAUUGAGUCUGUUAUAGAAAAGCAUUCCCAUAGUCGCAUUGAAUACAUGAUCAAGGCUAAAAGUCAGUUCAAAAGGAGAUCCACUGCCAACAAUGUGGAGAUUCACAUUCCAGUUCCAAAUGAUGCUGAUUCUCCCAAGUUCAAGACUACAGUUGGGAGUGUGAAGUGGGUUCCAGAAAACAGCGAGAUAGUUUGGUCUAUAAAGUCUUUCCCAGGUGGAAAGGAAUAUCUAAUGAGAGCACACUUUGGCCUCCCUAGUGUUGAAGCAGAGGACAAAGAGGGAAAACCCCCCCAUAAGUGUCAAGUUUGAGAUCCCUUAUUUUACUACUUCUGGAAUCCAGGUUCGUUACUUGAAAAUAAUUGAGAAGAGUGGUUACCAAGCAUUGCCAUGGGUGCGAUAUAUAACCCAAAAUGGAG